AAAGGCUGAAGGAGUCAGGCUGCGAGUGGGUGUGGCCUGGCCAGCCCUCAGAUUUCAUUGGUCCCUGAGUCCUAAGACCGUUAUUGUCUGUUGGUGAUAGCAGGCAGUAAUGGAUGUGGGGCUAGAGAGCGGUGGUGGGGAGACUCCUGGGACUGAAACUGGUUCAACAUGGAGCCAUGGAGAGAAAACAGGGGGCUCAGUGCAGAUGAUCAGUAAGCAAGACUUCGCCAUGUCCAAAAAGUCCAGAGAGGAGACUGGCCAACACACUGUCACCAAACCUUUAGCCGGUUCCCAGGAUUCAUGCCAGGUCACAGACUUAAAUGCUAUUCAGGGGCAGUGGUUGUCAGCAGGGGAUGUUAGGCUGCCGACAGGUAAAACUAUGGCCAAUACUAUCAGUUGGGGGGUCUAUAGCAGUAGAGCAUCAUGGGAUGACAAGCUGCCCCAGAAUUACCACAUGUUACUCCAGGAAAAUGAUAUAAAAUCAGAAAAAUUGGAAGAUGAUGAACAAAAUUAUAGUAUGUUCCUCAAAGGUACCAAUGUACCACCGGCACAAUUUCCAAUAACAAUGCUAUCCCCACUGGAACCAUCAGUAAAAUUAGAAGCCGAAAAUGUUCGUCUGACAGUGCAUCCCUCAGAUGCAGGUAUGCCUGCUAUACCAAUUGGCACAGACAAACAUGGGCAUAUAAAACGUCCAAUGAAUGCUUUCAUGAUAUGGGCACGAAUUCAUCGUCCAGAAGUGAAGAAAACCAAUCCUAGUGCCAACAAUGCUGAUAUCAGUGUGCAGUUAGGGUUGGAAUGGAACAAGCUGACUGAAGAGCAAAAGAAACCAUAUUUUGAUGAAGCACACAGGAUCAGACUGAAGCACAAUGCAACAUUUCCAGAUUGGGUUUAUCAGCCACAGAAGGGAAAGAAAAUGAAAAUGCCCUUUAAUGUCACUAAUGACCUGAAAUGUACAACCACAGGUAAACGCUCCACGGCAAAGCCCCUCCCUAAUACUACCGACCUGGUUUAUCAGCCACAGAAGGGAAAGAAAAUGAAAAUGCCCCUUAAUGUCACUAAUGACCUGAAAUGUACAACCACAGAUAAACGCUCCGCGGCAAAGCCCCUCCCCAGUAAUACUACCGGGGAAGAAGCUUUUCCACAAAAGAUGGCAACAACUUCUGAACAUCAACCAACGACCAACACAAUGUCGCAGACUGAUGCUGUGAGCCAUUUGCAGAUAACACUAACUCACUCUCACCUAGGCCUUUUUGGAGCUCCCCUGCCUAUCCCUUACCACCAUGCUUUUUUCCUGCCUCGAUCACGGCUCUUCCCGCCCAGUGCAUUUUCCAUUACUGGUCAACCAUUUGGUUUUGGAGACUGUGCAGCCCCAUUGUCUGAUUACCUGGGGUAUUCUAUGAACCAGUACCAUCCGUAUGAAGCCAUGUUUUCAACCUUCAACAGAGACUAUCCUUGUCAUGAGUUCAAAGCUGAACCGUCCCACAGCGACGAGUCUCGCAGUUGCGGGAGUAACCUCACCGUGGUGCAAGAAGUGGAGGUAGGGGAGAACAGUGCUGCCUCUUCAGCCGAACAUCCUGAUUACAUUCAGCGGCUCCUUGUAACUGACAAUGAUGAUGAUUCCAAAAUCCUUGAAGAACUAUAGAUUUCAGGACUAAAGUAUUCUAAAUAAACACAUCAAUAAACAA